CCUAGAGAUGCUUUAGUGUGUCAAAAGCUUUCGGGAAGUAGGCUAUUGUGCUUCAAUAAAAAGGAGACGCUAAAUAAUCCGAAAAUGCAACCUCCUCCCAGAAAGGUGAAGGAGACCCAGCAGGUGAAGAUGGCCUUUGCGGAGCAAGUGGGACGGCUGCAGAGCAAACAGCAGCAGGAGGUAGAACUGCUGGAGGACAUCAGGUCCUUCAGUAAACAGCGUGCUGCCAUAGAACAAGAGUAUAGUCAGGCCCUCCAGAGACUGGCCAUACAGUUCCAGAGGAAAGACUGGCAAAGAGGCAAGGGAGACUCUUUGAACUCUGGGAGUGUGUUUGCUGUGUGGAGGUCUCUGAUUGAGGCCACGGCACAGAGUGGAGUGUGUCGUCUCACGGCGGCCGACGGAUAUCGCUCACUCACUGCCGACGCUCUGAAGAGCCUGAGGGCAGCCAAGGAGCUGAAGGCCAAGAGGGGUCUAGAGCAGCUGCAGAGAGUACAGGGUGAGGUAGUGGAUGCACUACGAGAGCUCCACAAGGUCAAGAAGAGAUACUACCAGCUGAGUCACAUGGCUAACGUGGCCAGGGAGAAAGCUGCUGACGCACAGGCCAAAUUCAAGAAGAGUGACCAUGGAAUUUUCCAUUUUAGGACAGGCUUGCAGAAAAUGAGUUCAAAGUUGAAUACCAGGCUGAGGGAGUGUGACCAGAGACUGACAGAGGUGCGUAAUGAGUACCUUCUAACACUGUCUGCCGUCAACUCUCAUCACCAGUACUACUACACUGCAGAGCUGCCUGCCAUCAUGAGGAGACUGGACAGUGACCUGUAUGAGCAAAUCCGAGAACACUUCACUCUCUUGUGCUGCACAGAGAUCGACACCUGCCGGUCAACGCAUAGUAAUUUUAGCAAGAUCUGCGAGAACUACACCAAGGUGUCUAGAGAACGGAACAUCCAGAUCUUCCUCCAGGAGUUCCCGGUCUUCACCAGAACAGCCGGCUUUCACUUCCAGGUUGCCCCUAAAGACAAGGUGUGCAUUCUGAAGCAACAUAGCUCCAGUGCUGAGGGGGAGAGCUGUUUGGACAAGGAGGCCCGCAAGUGGUCUGCUAAGGCUGCCAAAGACUACAAGAUCAUCUCACACGGAGAUAGGGCACUGCAGAUGCUGGACAGGCGUUUCAAACUGCUGUCAGGAGACACAGGAGUCAGUGUGGAACAGAAGAUGGUGGGGGUGAAGGAGAGUGUGAGGAAAGCACAGGUGAGCCGGGUGAAGGCGGAGUCCAGGCUGGCGCUGCUGGCGUCGGCGGGGGUGGACGUGGAGCCAUGGGUGAGCAGUGCUAUGACCCAGGCAGACGAGGAGCUGGAGAGGGACAGGAGGCUGAGCGAGGCACGCAUGUCCAAUGGAGAUAUCUCCGAGGACGAGUUUGAGUUCACAGACUUCGACGACUACGAUGAAGAUGGUGACACUUUCAUCGAUUCAACUUCCUGCUCGGUGCCGUGUGGAUACCCCUUGGCUUGCAUGGUUCUAUACAGCUAUCAGGCCUGCCAAGGAGACGAGCUGUCAAUCACAGAGGGAGAAGAGCUUCAGGUGAUAGAGGAUGGAGACAUGGAGGACUGGCUGAAGGCCCGUAAUGCAGCAGGCCAGGUUGGCUACGUCCCUGAGAGGUACCUGCAGUUCCUGUGGUCACCAGGAGAGGGCUCCUCUGUCUGCCUGGCGCAGGGCUUCCCUUGUCCCCAGCUGGACUGGUCCUUCAACAGUUCCAGCUCCUCAUCAGAACAUUCCAAGAGGCAGCAGGGCCGCUCCCCUCACUCUGGGGGUCUGGCACGGGCUCUGUUUGAGUACCAGGGCCAGGGUCCAGAGGAGCUGUCCUUCCCAGAAGGGGCGGUCAUUAGGCUGCUGCGCUGCCGCCAGGGGGAGGUGGACGACGGCUUCUGGGAGGGAGAGCUGGACGGACGCUUGGGGGUCUUUCCUUCUCUGGUUGUGGAGCUGCUGGGGGAUGGGGAGAAAGAGGAGGAAGAGGAGAGCCUUCCCACCCCCACUCUUCCUCCAUUCUCUCCACCCAUCCCUAUUUCUGGAACCUCCUGCAGUCUCCUCUGCUUCUCAUCUGGCCCUGGGUCCUGGUCUGUAAAUAGUACGCCCCCUAAGGACCCGGAGGACAGGUUGCAGGCUUCUUUCUCACUGAAAUCACAGAGCCUGUCAGACAGCAGGGCAGACAAGGGCUCCCCCUCUUCCCCCGACUCAGAGACACUCCCCCAUGCCCUGAGGAAGCAUGUGUGGGGGGGUGUUCAGAAGAGACAGAGUGGACACCACAGGAGAGUCUUGUGCCUUCACCGAAAGGAUGAAACACACCCUCACCGGGACUUGUACAGUAUGUAGCUACCAGGUUGGGGCUCCCGAGGGGCGCAGUGGUCUAAGACACUGCAUCACAGUACAAGAGAUGUCACUGCAGUACCUGGUUUGAAUACAGACUACAUCACAUCCAGCUGUGAUUGGGAGUCCCAUAGGGCGGUGCACAAUUGAACCAGUGUCGUCAGGGUUUGGCCGGAGUAGGCCGUCAUUGUAAAUAAUAAGUUGUUCUUAACUGCCGAGUUAAAUAAAAAAGCAUUUUCAAAGUGCUAUGCUGUCACGCCCUGGUCGAAGUAUAUUGUGUUUGUCUGCAAUUAUUUGGUUAGGCCAGGGUGUGACAUGGGUUUUUUGUGGUGUGUUUUGUCUUGGGGGUGUCUAGCAUAGUCUAUGGCUGCCUGAGGCGGUUCUCAAUCAGAGUCAGGUGAUUAUCGUUGUCUCUGAUUGGGAACCAUAUUUAGGCAGCCAUAUUCUUUGAGUAUUUGGUAGGUGAUUGUUCCUGUCUCUGUCACCAGAUAGGCUGUAUAGUUUUUCACGUUCCGUUUGUUGUUUUUGUAUUGUUAAUUUUCUUCGUCAUUAAACAUGUCUCAAAAAUACCACGCUG